GGUUUGUUCACAAUUUCUGAGUGUGCUGCCAUUUGUAAAAGAAUACCAACUCCCAUUGAGUUUCAAAUUUGGAAAUAAUUAACACUAAUAUAUUUAGACAUGGGGCUGUCGAAUUUUCCUAGCCCAGCGGAAGGGGUGCUGCCGCUGCUAGUGAUGAACACGGUGAUGUCGGUGGCUCUGGUGAAGAACAAGCUGAGAUCAGUGCUGCAAGCGGUGGGCGGCGGCGGCGCGGCGGAGGAGGCGAGGAGGGUGUCGAUCACGCGCUACGGUUGUCUAUGUAGAGAGGCGGUGGAGUGCUGUGUGUGUUUGUGUAAAUUUGAGGCGGAGGAGGAAGUGAGUGAGCUUUCUUGCAAGCAUUUCUUCCACAAACCUUGUCUCGAUAAGUGGUUCGACAACCAACACAUUACUUGCCCACUUUGCCGUUCCAUUUUGUAAUAUUACUUCAAACACAAUUUCAAAUUAAUUUAGGUGAGAUAUGAUCAUACAGGAGAUCUCAGCUAGCUCUAGCUACUCUUCUUUCACUCUCUACAUUAUAUAUAUACACGAUUUCAAACGCAUCUUCUUUGUGCUGUACGUGUUGGUGGAGAUUUGAAUUUUAUCAAUACAGAAUCUUCAUUUGUAUA